GGUGAAAGCAGGGAUGUAAGAGUUGGGGUUUAAGGGGCUCCUGGGGAGAUACCAUGAAAUAAAUGCUGGGGGAAAGACCAGCCUUGGAAUUCUUUCUCAGAUAUUUUUUAGGCAGAUCUCUUUUUCAAUUAUUCCUGGUCCCGUCACUGAAUUUCAGGUCUCAGCAACACAGCUGGGCCUGGAGUUUCUAAUCUGUGAAGGUUCCCUUGGUCUUCCCAAUAGCUUCUUCUCACAAUUACUCCAAUAGGGAAAAGUCUCUGGUUCCUGCUGAGGCUGCAACCACACUCAGCUUUCCCAAGGGGGGUCCCCACAAGAUGUUUCCGCAGAGGUAGCACACUUCCCACAAGUUUUUUUUGUUUUUUGUUUUUUGUUUUAAAUUUUAUAAUAACUUUUUAUUGACAGAAUCUAUGCCAGGGUAAUUUUUUUUACAACAUUAUCCCUUGCACUAGCUUCUGUUCCGAUUUUUCCCCUCCCUCCCUCCACCCCCUCCCCUAGAUGGCAAGCAGUCCUAUAUAUGUUAGAUAUGUUGCAGUAUAUCCUAGAUACAAUAUUUGUGUGCAGAACCAAACAGUUCUCUUGUUGCACAGGGAGAAUUGGAUUCAGAAGGUAAAAAUAACCCGGGAAGAAAAACAAAAAUGCAAAUAGUUCACAUUCAUUUCCCAGUGUUCUUUCUUUGGGUGUAGCUGCUUUUGUCCAUCAUUGAUCAAUUGAAACUCAGUUAGGUCUCUUUGUCAAAGAAAUCCACAUCCAUCAGAAUACAUACUCAUGCAGUAUCCUUGUUGAAGUGUAUAAUGAUCUCCUGGUUCUGCUCAUUUCACUCAGCAUCAGUUCAUGUAAGUCUCGCCAGUCCUCUCUAUAUUCAUCCUGCUGGUCAUUCCUUACAGAACAAUAAUAUUCCAUAACAUUCAUAGACCACAAUUUACCCAGCCGUUCUCCAAUUGAUGGGCAUCCAUUCAAUUUCCAGUUUCUGGCCACUACAAACAGGGCUGCCACAAACAUUUUGGCACAUACAGGUCCCUUUCCCUUCUUUAGUAUCUCCUUGGGGUAUAAGCCCAAUAGAAACACUGCUGGAUCAAAGGGUAUGCACAGUUUGAUAACUUUUUGGGCAUAAUUCCAGAUCGCUCUCCAGAAUGGUUGGAUUCGUUCACAACUCCACCAACAAUGCAUUAGUGUCCCAGUUUUCCCGCAUCCCCUCCAACAUUAAUCAUUAUUUUUUCCUGUCAUCUUAGCCAAUCUGACAGGUGUGUAGUGGUAUCUCAGAGUUGUCUUAAUUUGCAUUUCUCUGAUCAAUAGUGAUUUGACUUCCCACAAGUUAAUCCUCUGUCUGGGAUCUUUCUUCAGAUCCCCUCAGAUGGGACCCAGGAGAACACCUUUUCUGCCCUAGAUCUUGACUUUUUACCCUCUUUGCCCUGAGACACAAAUUGGUUCUAUUUGUGGGGAAAAUAGGAAGACCUUGAAAUUUUACAACAUAUUUCACCAUCUUCCCAGAAUCUUCUCCCAAGAUAAUAUCUUGAUCUGGAAAUUACAGGUUUAAUGAUGUGAUCAUCUCAUUAAGUAAUUCAGGAAGGGGAGAACUGUUCUGGAGCAGCCAAAGAGCCACCUGCAGGUCUCUGCAGACCUCUGGCCCUUUGUUUAUGAAUGUCUAACCUUCCCGGAAUUUUGGAAACGAUUUGUGGUCAAGUUGAGAAUCUGAAAGAAUCUGUUGCACUUAGGAACCAUCAGAGUUUGAGGGAAGGACCCCAUGAUCCUCAAAAGCUGUAUAUUCCUGAUCAUGAUCGUUUCAAGUUACCGAGAAAGGUAUUUGUUAAGGUAUAUAUAUAUGGACAUACUUGUUAUCCCAGUGGACAGUUUGCAACUUCACCCAGUCUCUGUACUGAUAAAUUUUGGGUCAAAUGCUUGGAUUAUUGUCUCCCUCCUUCAAGGAGCUUGUGAACUUCAAAAGGGAGAAGAGAUGCAAUAGCCAAGCUCUGCCCUUCCAUGCCACAGGAUGAUUAACUCAGUUUCCUACAUGAGACACAUAUUUUCAGAUAUGGGUGAUUUCCAGCAUUUUUAAAUCAUUGUGUUUGUUAAAAGGAUAUGCACGGGGAUAUGAUGAUAAGCUGUGGCUAUCAAUAAAAAAAAAAAACAAGUAUUGCAUCAGAACCAAAUCUCAUGUCUCAGAUUAAAAAAAAAAAACAAACACAUUCCGAAUGUGACUUCAGAUAAUGUAACAGACAAAAACUAAAUUGAGAGUGAUAUCAGAAAGUGCGUACAAUAAAAGGAAAAGGGAAAAAAAUGAGAGUUGAACUAAUUUGUCAAAUAUUGAAGGCAGAUUCUGCCCAUUCACUGGGUGGGAAUUCCUGUCUCAGCUACAGGGCUUUGGCUCAAGUCCCUCUAUCCUCUGAACUGGUGGCCUGAAUUGUGAAAGUAGAGAUAAUAAAAGUAUUCUGUUUUGUCACAGGUUUAUUGUGAGGAUUCAAUAUAUUUGUGCUUGAAGCCCAUUAGAAAUUACAUCAUGUUUGGGAUGUGAGGAAGUGAGAUCAGACUUGAAAUGAACAAAAGUAUUCAAAACCAACACUUCAUUUGGAGAGAAAUCUAUGCUGCACAUGAGAAAAUACACACUGUAGAAAAACCUUAUGAAUGUAACCAGUGUGGAAAAGCUUUUAGAUAUAAGCGAAAUCUUACUCUACAUCAGAGAGUCCACACUGAUGCGAAAUCUUAUGAAUGUAACGAGUGUGGAAAGACUUUUAGAAAUAAGGGAGUUCUUACUGAACAUCACAGAAUUCACACUGGGGAGAAACCUUAUGAAUGUAACCAAUGUGGAAAGACUUUUAGAUAUAAGGGAGUUCUUACUGAACAUCAGAGAAUCCACACUGGGGAAAAGCCUUAUGAAUGUAAUCAAUGUGGAAAGGGUUUUAGACACCAACAGUCUCUCACUUCCCAUCAGAGAUUCCACAGUGGAGAGAAACCUUACAAAUGUAACCAGUGUGGAAAGGGCUUUACAUGCAAAAAAUCUCUCACAUACCAUCAGAACAUCCACACUGGUAAGAAACCCUAUGAAUGUAACCAGUGUGGAAAGAGUUUUAGAGGUAAGGCAACUCUUACCCAUCAUCAGAAAAUCCACACUGGGCAGAAACCUUAUGAGUGUAACCAGUGUGGAAAGGGUUUUAGAAAAAGGAUAUAUCUGACUGCACAUCAGAGAAUUCACACUGGAGAGAAACCUUAUGAAUGUAACCAAUGUGGAAAGACUUUUAGAGACAAGGGAUAUCUUACUGCACAUCAGAGCACCCACACUGGUAAGAAACCGCAUGAAUGUAACCAGUGUGGAAAGGCUUUCAGGAAUAAGGGGCAUCUUAAUGUACAUCAAAGGAUCCACACUGACGAGAAACCAUAUGAAUGUAACCAAUGUGGAAAGACUUUUAGAGAUAAGGCAACUCUUAUUGUACAUCAGAGACUCCAUACUGGGGAGAAGCCUUACGAAUGUAACCAAUGUGGAAAGGCUUUUAGACAACGACAAUAUCUCACUGUACAUCAGCUAUUUCACAGUGGAGAGAAGCCUUACAAAUGCAACCAGUGUGGGAGGGGUUUUACAUGGAAAAUAUCUCUCACUUUCCAUCAGAAACUCCACACUGGAGAGAAACCUUAUGAAUGUAACCAGUGUGGAAAGACUUUUAGACAUAAGGAAAAUCUUAAUGUACAUCAUAGAAUCCAUACUGGAGAGAAACCUUAUGUAUGUAACCAGUGUGGAAAGGCUUUUAUACAAAAGAGAGAUCUUACUGAACAUCAGAGAAUCCAUACAGGAGAGAAACCUUACAAAUGUAACCAGUGUGGAAGGGGUUUUACAUGUAAACAGUCUCUCAUUCCACAUCAGAGAAUCCACACUGGUGAGAGACCUUAUGAAUGUAAUCAGUGUGGAAAGACUUUUAGAACUAAAGGAAAUCUUACUCUACAUCAGAGUGUUCACACUGGAGAGAAACCUUAUGAAUGUAACCAGUGUGGAAAGACUUUUAGAACUAAAGGACAUCUUACUAAACAUCAAAGAAUCCACACUGGAGAGAAACCUUAUGAAUGUAACCAAUGUGGAAAGGCUUUUAGACAAAAAGGAGACCUUACUGUACAUCAAAGAACCCACAUUAGAAAGAAACCGUAUAAAUGUAAUUAAUAUGGAAAAGGUUUCAUUAAAAACCUGUAUGCUUCUCACCAGAUCUGUGAGGAAAUGUCAAGACAUUAAAAUAAGGAGGAAAUUGGAUUUGGUAAAGAUCACUGGGAGAAGAUUGGUAGGGAAACUGCCUUCCAUAAUUAGCCUUCUUUACAUUUACCCUAUGGGAAGUGUGAGGAAGGGAAGUAAAAGAUGACUAGGGAUAGGAGACAGCUUCAGAAGCAUAGUGGAUCCUUCUUUCCCCGCUGGUCCCCUACCUGAAAGGCAGUACAGUGGGAUUGAGAGAUCAAUAGAUCAGGACUCAGGACAGGGGUUGAAAUCCUGGGUUCUGAACCUCUGUGGCCUUGUGAACUUACUUUAACUCCACAGGUCUUUGUGCUUUUAGAUUAGGGUUAGGAUCUCUUCCAGCUCUGACUGCUUUGAGAACCCAAAGUGGAGCUUGAAAGUGAACCCUACUCUGCCAUUUCUUUCUGGAUCCUCAGCUUGAGAUUCAACCCAAUAACUCAUAGACUUCACCAAACUUUCUGGCUAUGAUUGGCAUUUUGGAGAGAUAGAAAGACAUGAGAAAUUCUAAAACUACAUCCUGUUGAGUCAGGAAACAUACACAUCCCUAAAUAUACGUUAGUCCAAUAGGUCUCUUGUCGUAUUUGUUCAGGAAGAAAAUGUUUCCUUAAGAUACUUCACAGAAAGAUUUCCACUCUGAGGUUUUCACCUUUCAUCCAUCAAAUUGGCGGAGAUGACCCCCAAGGCUGGACAUAGUGUUGGGGGCUAUAGAAAAAGGCACAGCAGUGCGAUGUGUAUAUGGCUAUGAUGGGUCCAACUUUUCUCCAAAGCCAUUUGUUAUUAGGAUUUGUGAAAAGGUGAUCAAAUGCCCAUUCUUUGUGACACAGAGAACCCAAGGCAAGGGAUCUACUGUAAGGACAUGAGGGGAGCAAGGUUCUGGCUGAACUAAAAUAUUAAUUGCAAUGUUUUGGUUUCUAUAUUGUGUGGGAGUAGUGAAAAAUAAUAUAGAUGCAAAGUAGAAAAUGGGAGCUCUUCAGUUGGAGAAAGUCUGAACCCAUUUUGGUUCAUGAACAUAUUGGAAUAUUGUGCCAUAAGAAGCAGUGGCUAGGAAGAAUCUGGAGAAGAAAGGGGAUUUGUAAAUGAACCACGAUAGAUGAAAGUGAGCCAAAGCUAGAAAAUCUCCAUGUACUGUGACUUUGAAAAAGGAAUUUGAAAUUCCUUCCAGCAAUGUAGAAGCAUGUCUGUAUUUAAUAUGUAUUGGACUACCUGCCAGAUGGUGGAGGGGUGAGGAGGAGGAGGUGAAAUUUUGGAACAAAAGAUUUUGCAAGGGUCAGUGCUGGAAAAAUUACCCAUGCAUAUGCUCUGUAAGUUAAAAGCUUUUAAUAAUAAAAAAAGCACAUCUGUGCAUCAAGUGUGA